CAACCAAUCCGCGGACGUCUGUACCAAUUAUCUGUAGCCAAUCAUCGAGCAGACCUCCUCGGAAGCACUCUGGGGGAGGACCAGGCCUAAGAGCUCAGAUCUGUCUUCGUGAUGGAUUUGCUCCUAGGACACUUCUCCGAAUUCUCUAGGACUUAAAGUGGAAGCAACAACCAGAAACUACAACUCCCAGGGUCCUGUGCGCGCCCCCAGGGGCGGGGCUUAGGCGAAGUCUGGCUAAGGGAUGGCUGAGCCUUCAGGAUCUCCUCACCGCUUGCUGUACAAACUUGUGGGCUCUCCGCCAUGGAAAGAGUCUUUCAGGCAGGGAUGUUUGGAGAGAAUGAGAAACAGCCGGGACAGGCUUCUGAACAAGUACCGCCAGACUGGAAACAGCAUGCCAGGGAGAGCUUCACACAGGCUGCUAGUACAAGAAGUGAUGGAGGAAGAGUGGAAUUAUUUGCAGUCAGUGGAGAACUGUCCAGAGGCUUUGGCUCAGUUGGGGUUGCCACUGGACCUAGAUGUGCUGGAGGAAAUCCAACAGGAUCUGGCUGAUGAAGAAACGUCCAUUAUCAACGAGUACGAGAAGAGCAUACAGUUUGAUGAAAAAUGUCUCAGCAUCUUGCUGGCUGAGUGGGAAGCAAAUGCCCUCAUCUGCCCUGUAUGUACAAAGUACAACCUGAGAAUAACAAGUGGUGUGGUCCUAUGUCAGUGUGGCCUGUACAUCCCAUUGCAUUAUAGAGAGUUGACAGAGCCGAAGCUUCGUGCCUAUUUAGAGGAGAAUGUCAAUGAGCACAGUGUACACUGCUCCCACACCCCUGAAUUUUCAGUCACUGAUGGAGUAGAAGACAAGCCCAGUCUUCUCAUGAGCUGUCCGGCUUGUGAUACUUGGGUCACGAUCCUCUAAAAAGUCAGACUGGACUCACAUCACUCUACUAAGAUGGCAACAACUCAUUACUUUUGGGUAGAGGCCUUGUAUAUACAAGCUCCCCCUCUUUUUGUUUUUCAAAGUAGGGUCUUACUGUAGCCCAGGCUAACCUGGAAUUUACUAUAGUCUCAGGGUGGCCUCAAACUCUUGGCAAUCCUCCCUCUGCCUCCUGAUGGCCAGCUCAAGUCUUUUAUUUA